AUGGCCUUGCCCAUGCUCGGAUUCUUGGAUGACGAUGCUUUAGUCAUCAUACUCACGAUCGGGGGAUAUGACGUGAAGAGGGUGCUAGUCGAUCAGGGCAGCGUUGUGGAGGUAAUGUACCCCGACCUAUAUAAGGGGCUGAAGCUAAGACCCGAAGACUUGAUGGCAUACGACUCCUUUUUGGUAAGUUUCAAAGGGAAAAUCGUUACUUCGAAAGGCCAGAUUAGAAUGCCUAUACAAACAGACUUGGACAUAGUGGAGGUGGACUUCAUAGUGGUGGACGCAUAUUCGCCCUAUACCGCCAUUGUAGCUAGACCUUGGCUUCAUGCCCUAAGAGCUGUCUCCUCAACCUUGCACCAAAAGGUAAAGUACCCGUCGAAGGGUCGGGUUAAAGAAGUGAUAGGAGACCAAGCCAUGGCCCGGCAAUGCAUGGUGUCCGCCAUCUCGUGA